GAGGCGACGAGUCAUUAAGAGCGAGAGAGAAGGGUUGCUCUGGUGCGGAGAGGAAGUGCGAAGAGAAGAAGAUCACAAAAAUCUUCACUCGUCCUUCCUCUUUCUUCGCAUUAUUUCCCUUCUCCGAUCGUCUUCAUCGAAGGAAGUUCGGUAGUUCUUCAAAAGAUUUCAGCAGGAAUGGCGAGCGGAAGGUUCUUCUCUGCAGCUUCCGAGCUUUCCGCCGCCUUCAUCAGCCGGCGGAAUUUCUCUGCAGCUUCAUCCGGCGCGGUGGCUAAUGCAGUGAGAGCCGGCAGCCGGCAGGUGCUGCAGAGGAUGGAGGACAAGUCGAAGGCCGUCGUCUCCGGCGACAAGACGUCGUGGAUGCCGGAUCCCGUCACCGGAUACUUCAUUCCGGAGGACCAGUUUGGCCAGAUCGACGCUGCGCAGCUGAGGCAGGUCCUCUUGAGCCAGAGAUCCGACGGUGCAAGGAAGCCAUGAAGCAAAAUAAAGUUAGAGCUAUAGAGAGAGAGAGAGAGAGAGAGAGAGAGAGAGAGAUCUGUCUUUUCUUUUGAUAUAGAGUUCUAAGCGGAGAGAGAGAGAGAUCUGUCUUUUUCUUUUGAUAUAGAGUUCUAAGCGUCUUAACGCUGAACGAACCAUGGCUUAUGUAGGUUCUUGCAUUUACGGCGAAAUGGAAGAAAAAAAUUAUAUACUUUUUGGGUUA